AUGGAUCACUUUGAGGGAGCAUCGCAAGAUGAUUUUACCUUCUUGGAAUAUUCAGCUGAUACGCAAUCAUCGCAGUACGAGUAUAGCGAUUUUACGCAGACACCACGAGAUCAUUUGCAACAACAACGACACCAACAUGAUAUGGACGCAGCUGCUUCAGACUUGAGCUCACUCCACUUGAAUGAAAACGACGAAGAUGAAAACGCACAAGCCAACGGUACGACCUCGUUUGUCAAUGAUUUCCAGUUUGAAGACACAGAUGAUUUUGGAGAUUUGGCUGUUCAAGCGCAAGACAAGGAUUUGCCAGCCCAUGCUUGUAAAUACUGCGGUAUCCAUUCGCCUGCUUCUGUUGUCAAGUGUGUUACUUGUGAUAGAUGGUUCUGUAACUCCAGAGGCAACACGUCUGGGUCUCAUAUCAUCAAUCAUCUUGUACGUGCUAAACACAAGGAAGUGUCUCUUCAUCCAGAAUCUCCUUUGGGUGAUACAGUGUUGGAAUGUUAUAAUUGCGGGUGUCGUAAUGUCUUCUUGUUAGGCUUUAUACCUGCAAAGAGUGAUACUGUGGUUGUAUUGAUUUGCAGACAACCUUGUGCUGCUGUGCCUUCCUCCAAGGACAUGAAUUGGGAUACAACACAGUGGAUGCCAUUGAUUGAUGAUAGAUGCUUUUUAACGUGGUUGGUAAAAAUCCCCUCUGAUCAAGAGCAACUUCGUGCUCGUCAGAUUUCAUCAACACAAAUCAACAAAUUGGAAGAGUUGUGGAAGGAUAAUGGAGAAGCCACUUUGGAGGAUCUGGAGAAACCUGGUGUCGAUGAUGAACCACAUCCAGUGUUAUUGAGAUAUGAAGAUGCUUAUCAGUAUCAAAACAUCUUUGGUCCUUUGGUCAUGAUGGAAGCUGACUAUGAUAAAAAGUUAAAGGAAUCUCAGACUUGCGAUGAUAUUGUUGUGCGUUGGGAUGUAGGUCUUAAUCAAAAGAACAUUGCUUGGUUCUAUUUUCCAAAGCUCGAAUUGGGUGAAAUUAAGCUAGCAGUGGGCGAUGAGCUUUGUCUACGCUAUCGUGGAGAGUUGCAUGACGCAUGGCAAGCCGCUGGUCAUGUCAUUAAGAUUCCCAACAAUGUCAGUGAUGAAGUUGCGUUGGAAUUGACUCGUGCUGGAAGAGCUCCCACUGACUGCACGCACAAUUUCUCGGUGGAUUUCGUGUGGAAAUCGACAUCGUUUGAUCGUAUGCAAUCUGCCAUGAAGACAUUUGCUGUGGAUGAGACGAGUGUGAGCGGCUACAUCUACCAUCGUCUUUUGGGACAUGAUGUUGAACCUCAAGUACUCAAGACACAGAUGCCAAAGAGAUUCUCUGCUCCCUUUUUGCCUGAACUCAAUCAUUCUCAAGUCUACGCUGUCAAGUCCGUGCUUCAAAAGCCUUUGAGUUUGAUCCAGGGCCCCCCAGGUACUGGCAAGACUGUCACCUCUGCUUCCAUUGUGUACCAUUUAGCCAAGAUGAAUCCUGGCCAAGUCCUAGUGUGUGCACCCUCCAAUGUAGCCGUUGAUCAGCUCGCCGAAAAAAUCCAUCAAACGGGUCUCAAGGUCGUCCGUAUCACUGCCAAAUCUCGAGAAGAAUUGGACUCACCCGUGUCCUUCUUGACACUCCAUGAACAAGUGCAAAACAACGACACCAACGUAGAGCUGCAAAAGCUGAUUCAUCUGAAACGAGAUCAAGGCGAAUUGAGCGCCUACGACGAAAAAAAAUACAAAUCACUCAAGCGAGCCUGUGAAAAGGAGAUUUUGCAAAACGCAGAUGUCAUUUGCUGUACUAGUGUCGGUGCAGGCGAUCCUCGUGUUGCCAAGCUGAGAUUCCGUACUGUGCUGAUUGAUGAGGCCACGCAAGCAUCAGAGCCCGAGUGCAUGAUUCCCUUGGUGUUGGGCUGCAAGCAAGCUGUGUUGGUAGGUGAUCACCAGCAGUUGGGGCCUGUGAUCAUGAACAAGAAGGCAGCUCGUGCGGGUCUAUGUCAAUCCCUGUUUGAGAGAUUGGUCAUUCUUGGUAUCCGUCCUAUUCGUCUCCAAGUGCAAUACCGUAUGCAUCCCUGUUUAUCCGAGUUUCCUAGCAACAUGUUUUAUGAAGGCACGCUGCAAAACGGCAUCACCACGCAAGAACGUAUCCGCAAAAAUGUCGAUUUUCCCUGGCCCGUGCCUGAAACCCCCAUGAUGUUCUACGUCAAUCUGGGCAAUGAAGAGAUCUCCACUUCAGGUACAUCCUAUCUCAACAGAACCGAAGCCUCCAACUGUGAGAAGAUUGUUACUCGCUUCAUGAAGUCUGGUAUUUUGCCCUCUCAAAUCGGUGUAGUGACCCCUUACGAAGGCCAGCGUUCUUACAUUGUGCAGUACAUGCAAUUCAACGGCUCUCUGCGCAAGGACCUGUACAAGGAGAUUGAAGUCGCUAGUGUGGAUGCGUUCCAAGGCCGCGAAAAGGACUACAUUAUCCUCAGUUGUGUGCGUUCCAAUGAGCAUCAGGGCAUCGGUUUUUUGAGCGAUCCCAGACGUCUAAAUGUGGCCUUGACACGUGCGAAAUACGGUGUGGUGAUUCUGGGCAACCCCAAGAUUCUGAGCAGACAUCCCUUGUGGCAUCAUCUGCUGGUGCAUUACAAGGAAAAGGGCUGCCUUGUGGACGGUGCUCUCAACAACCUGCGUGUCUCUAUGAUCCAGUUCAAUCGACCCAGGAAAUCGUAUCGCAAGGAUGACAAAUUCCGUCAAGGCCUUGCUCAUCAAGUGGAUGCCCGUGAGGCUUUUGCUAGACCUCCUUUGGCGAACGAUAAUCGUCGUGGUAAUGGUACAAAAGGUGGCUACGGACAAGAUUUCAUGCAAACCCAUGAUCCCAUUGGCUAUAUUCCAUCCGAGGUGGGUUCUUUGCCCAACUCGCAAUUCAGCAUCCCCUUUAUUCCAUCCGCAAGUGGGCCUUUCACACAAGAUUUAUCUCAAUCUAGUGUCUUUCAUCGUAAAUCUCGCCCUACGGAUGACGACAGCUCGCAACAACAACAGCAGCAGCAACAACAGCGCUACGUGCCUGGGUCCUCUACAUUUGCCAAUCAUGCCAUGGGAUGGCAGAUGGGCAGCUCUCAAAACCUGUACAGUAGUCAAACGUCGAUUGGAUUGGCUUUAUCUCAAAGUGAUCGUUUGCGUAUGAUGAGUGAAAUGGCAAGUCAACAUGGCAGCAGCAGCGGUAGCGGCCAUCCCAUGAGUCAAGAUACACAGUUUUAUGAAGAUUACAAGUCGCAAGACGUGUCUUCCUUGAUGAGUCAAGAUUUUGAUAUUCGCAGCCAAGCAAGUCAAUCAUUUACUCAAUUUUAA